GCGGCGAUGGAGGCGGCGGAAUCUCGAGAGCUGCGGGUCGGGUUCGUGGGGGCCGGGAGAAUGGCGGCGGGCAUGGCCCGGGGGCUGGUCCGGGCAGGGAAGGUGCCAGCCAGCAACAUCUUGGCCAGUGCUCCCUCGGACAAAAACCUGGACACUUGGCGGGAGUCGGGCUGCCGGACUACACACUGCAACCUGGAAGUGCUUCAGGACACCACCUUGGUCUUCCUGGCCACCAAACCCCACAUUCUGCCAGGUGUUCUGCAGGAGAUCCGUCCUGCUGUGGGACCCCACCACAUCGUUGUCUCGAUGGCAGCUGGUGUCUCCCUCCAGACACUGCAGAGGCUUCUCCCUGCUGGGACCAAGGUGCUGCGGAUGAUGCCAAACCUGCCAUGUGUGGUGCAGGCAGGGGCCAUAGUCUUCGCCCGGGGCAGUGCUGCUGGUGACGGAGAAGCUGCCCUACUGAAGAACUUGCUGUCCUCCUGUGGGCUCUGUGAAGAGGUCCCCGAAUCCUACAUCAACAUCCACACUGGCCUCAGUGGCAGUGGGGUGGCCUAUGUCUACCUGUUUGCUGAAGCUCUGGCUGAGGGAGCAGUGAAGAUGGGCAUGCCAGUUGGCUUGGCCAGUAGGAUCGCAGCUCAGACGCUGCUGGGUGCAGCUAAGAUGAUGCUGGAGACGGGGGAGCACCCAGCGAAGCUGCGAGGAGAUGUCUGCACGCCCGGAGGCACCACCAUCCACGCGCUGCACCAGCUGGAGAAGGGCGCGCUGAGGGCCACCGUCAUGAACGCCGUGGAGGCAGCCACCAACCGCGCCUGCGAUGUGGCCAAGGACUAGCAGCCUGGCUGGGGAGGAGCCCUUCUCCAUCCUGUCCCCACCCCAUGGGGCAGGAGGGACAAUGGGGGACCAGACUAAAGCCCUUCAGGGACCCCGACAGCCCCAGCAGAGGCAUGGUGGGAGAUGGUGUGGAGAUGGGUCUAUGCCUUGUGCUACCUCUGAAGGGCUGGGACUAAAUAAAUGCGC